CGCGCAGCGCUCAGCCCUCAGCGCUCAGCCCUCAGCUCUCAGCAUGGCCCCCCGGCCGCCGCCCCUCUCCUGCGACACCUUCGUGGCGCUGCCGCCCGCCGCGCCCGGGGGCCGCGUGGUGUUCGGGAAGAACUCGGACCGGCCGGCGGACGAGGUGCAGGAGGUCGUGCACUUCCCGGCCGCCGAGCACCCGCCCGGCGCCGCGCUGGAGUGCACCUACAUCAGCAUCGAGCAGGUGGAGAGGACGCACGCCGUGGUCCUGAGCCGCCCCUCCUGGCUCUGGGGGGCCGAGAUGGGCGCCAACGAGCACGGCGUGUGCAUCGGCAACGAGGCGGUGUGGGGCAGGGAAGAGGUCUGCGAUGGGGAAGCUCUCCUCGGCAUGGACCUCGUAAGGCUUGGACUCGAGAGAGCAGACACAGCUGAAAAGGCUCUUAGUGUCAUAGUUGAUUUGCUGGAAAAAUAUGGACAGGGAGGAAACUGUAUGGAGAGCAACAUGGCAUUCACAUACCACAACAGUUUUCUGAUAGCCGACAGAAAGGAAGCAUGGGUGCUGGAGACAUCAGGAAAAUACUGGGCAGCAGAGAAAGUAGAAGGAGGUGUACGGAAUAUUUCCAACCAGCUCUCUAUCACAACCAAGAUUGACAGAGAGCACCCAGAACUGAAGGAAUAUGCCAAAAGCAAUGGCUGGUGGGAUGGGGAAAAGGAAUUUGAUUUUGCUGCCACAUAUUCUUAUGUCAAUACUGCCAGAAUGACCACAGCUGGAGGCCGAUAUUGUGAAGGCUAUAAACUUCUGAACAAACACAAAGGAUCUAUCACUUCUGAAAUAAUGAUGGAAAUUCUUCGUGACAAAGAGAGUGGCAUUAACAUGGAAGGUGGAUUUAUGACAACUGGCAGCAUGGUGUCUGUACUGCCUCAGCAGCCUAAUCUGCCCUGUAUUCACUUCUUUACUGGAACUCCAGAUCCUGCCAGAUCUGUAUUCAAGCCUUUCAUUUUUGUGCCCAGUAUUACUCAGUUAUUAAAAACUACGUCCCCUACAUUUGGUCAUGAUGAUCCAGUUAAGAAGCAACCACGUUUUCAGAGUAAGCCAGAUCGAAGACAUGAGCUCUAUAAAAAACAUCAAAGCGCUGCUGUAGUUAUGGAAACUAUCAAGGACAAAGGUAAAGAAAUGCUCAAAAAGAUACAGGAGUUGGAGAAACAGAAGAUAAGUCAAAUGGAAUCAAUCCUGCAAAAUGGAUGCCUUGAUACGAACCAAGUAGUUAAUCUUUUUUCACAGUGUGUAGAAGAAGAACUCAAAAUAUAUAGCUAAGAAUAUUAUUUGAAUGUGGUAAAAUUUGGAUUAUAAUUGGGUUUUCUAAUGAGAAGGCUAUAUAGAUUAACAUCCUGUUUUCAGUAUACCACAUAGCAUGGACAGUUUUAAAGAUGCAGAAUCAUAUUCAGGACAAAUAGCUUUUAAUUGUAAGAGGAAUGCUGGAAAGGCUCCUAAGAGCCAGACAGUGGCUUUGUACAUGGCACAAAGCUGUCAGCAGAGAUUGAUGUUGCUAACAAAUAGAUGCAAUUAGAAUACAAAAGCUUGACUAAAUUAGGGAACAACCCCAUCUCUGAAUGAAGAACAGUAACUCAGCUCUGGAGAACUCAGUUCCAGUGUACACACAUGUAGCUUUCAUAGUCAAGAGAAUUGUAGCAGAAUUUCAGACUACCUGAAUUAAAAUGGCCAUGCUGAAGUACAUUCUAAAAUGUACUAUGAUGAACAUUGAAAAAAAAAGAAAGUGACACACAAAGGGAGUAAGAUUGAUAGUCAGUUGUUUGGUAAAACCAUUCUAAGAUACAUUUCAUACAUGAACUUUCUACUCCUUCAACAUAAAACAAGGCUAAGAGUUCAAGGUAUAUCAGAAACAAAUCACAGUUACAAUAAUAUUAUUUUGCUGCGAGUGAUUGUAAAAUCUCAUUACAUGGAAUUCAACAAUACAAGCAUUCUGUAAGUUACCUGCAGAUUUCACUUUCCUGUCUAUUCCAUCCCCCCCCCCAAUAGUGAAAAAUAAAUUUAUUUAUAUAAAAGA